AUGACUGAUCAUUUGGGAGCUUUUUAUUUGGGAUUUGAUCUUUCCACGCAACAAUUGAAAUGUUUGGUGAUUGAUCAAAACUUAAAGUUGGUUCACUCAGAGACAGUUGUGUUUGAAAAGGAACUGGCGCAUUACAAAACGGAAAAGGGUGUGUAUUUUCAUGAAGAUGGUACCGCAGAAUGUCCCGUGGCAAUGUGGCUGGAAGCCAUCGAUAUGGUAUUCGAAAAAAUGAGCAAGCAGGAUCACAUUGACUUGUCAUUGGUGAAGGCGAUGAGUGGGUCGUGCCAACAACAUGGUUCCGUGUACUGGUCGCAAGAGGGCCCCCAAAUGCUGCCCCAACUUACGGUAGAAGCCAGUUUGAAAGACCAGCUCGCGGCCCGUGCGUUUUCUAGAAAGGUGUGCCCCAAUUGGCAGGACCACAGUACCGGAAGUGAGUGCCACCAGUUUGAAGAAGCGUGUGGUGGAGCUGCAGAACUAGCGCACAUCACCGGGUCUCGUGCUCACCAUCGCUUUACUGGUCCUCAAAUCAUGAAGAUCGCGAAAAAAGAGCCAGAAACGUAUGCCAAGACGGGCAAAAUCUCAUUGGUUUCGUCAUUCCUUGCUUCCAUCUUGGCAGGCCAGUUCACUACUCUGGAAGAAGCCGACGCUUGUGGCAUGAACCUGUACGAUAUCGAAAAACGCGCAUAUGACGAUAAACUUCUCAAGCUAGUGGAUGACGAUUCCCAAAGGCUUAAAAAGAAGCUUGGAGGCGCCCCUAUACCAUCUGAAAACCCUACUCCCGUGGGCAUCAUUUCCUCGUAUUUUGUAGAAAAGUAUGGUCUGAAUCCAGACUGUCAGAUUUAUCCCUUCACGGGAGAUAAUCUGGCCACCAUUUGCUCCUUGCCACUACAACCCAAUGAUGUUUUGGUGUCUUUAGGCACAAGCACAACCAUUUUACUCGUCACAGACCAAUAUCAUCCUUCCCCGAACUAUCACUUGUUCCUUCACCCCACGAUCCCUAAACAUUACAUGGGCAUGAUUUGCUACUGUAACGGAGCGCUCGCGAGAGAAAAAAUCAGAGACCAAAUGAGUGAGACCCACGAUUGGGAGCCCUUUAACGCUGCGGUAACAUCGCAGUCUCUUAAUAACGACAACGAAAUUGCAUGUUACUUCCCACUUGGAGAAAUUGUGCCAAGCGUCCCUAGCUCUUACCGCAGAGCGGUUUUCGGCAAGUCUGCGGACGGGGAAGAUGAAAGCUUGAGACUGGUCGAUGCAUUCGAAAGUGUCGCCCACGAUGCGAAAAACAUCGUCGAGUCUCAGGCCCUGAGCUGCCGUGUGAGGAUCAGUCCGCUAUUGUCAGAGGACUGCUCCGAUACAAGUUGCAAAAUGGGAUCAUCCCAGGUCCAUUUCGACUGCGACAAUUUCCCGCUCACAGAGUACACGAAGCGGCCAAGGAGGGCCUUUUUUGUUGGAGGUGCUUCUAAGAACGAUGCCAUUGUCACACGCUUCGCACAAGUUUUAGGCGCCACUGAGGGGAAUUACCGUCUGGAGACACCCAACUCGUGCGCGCUGGGAGGGUGCUAUCGGGCUUUGUGGUCGCAUCUAUCGCAUGAGAAUCUGACGCCAUUGGCUUUUGAUCAAUUUCUCAACAAAACUUUCAGGUGGGACACCGACGUCAAUUCCAUAGGCUUGACGGAAAAAAAGGACUGGUUGCAUUACAAUAGUAAGAUUCAUGCCCUGAGUGAAUUGGAGAAGACGCUUUGA